UUUCAGAAUUCCAGCCCCUUGUGGGAAGACUUCAUUGCGAAAGCUACAAAACUGCACGCUUGUUUACGGGCUGCAAUACAGGCAUUGGCGGUGUAUUUGGAAGCGUUUCAGAAAAUCGCCGAUGCCGCAACAAAUUCAAAAGGUGCCACAAAGGAAAUUGGUACCGCACUGACACGGGUAUGCUUGCGGCAUAAGGCAGUCGAGACGCGGAUGAAAACCUUCACCGCCGCAAUUAUGGACUGUCUGAUUGUGCCGCUGCAGGAGAAACUGGAAGACUGGAAGAAACAGGUAGCCAUCAUAGAUAAAGAUCAUGCCAAAGAAUACAAACGCUGCCGGACCGAGCUGAAAAAACGCUCCAGCGAUACGCUGCGAUUACAGAAGAAAGCCAAGAAGGGUCAAACCGAUAAUUUGCACAUUCUGGUGGAGUCUUCCAUGCAGGACGUGACCCUGCGGCGCAGUGAGCUCGAGGAGGUCGAGCGGAAAUCGCUCCGCUCCAUCAUGGUCGAAGAGCGGUCACGUUAUUGCACCUUUGUAAAUAUGCUCCAGCCUGUGGUACACGAAGAGUGUGAAGUGAUGUCCGAACUAAGUCACCUGCAAGAAGCGAUGCAAAUAAUAGCAGUAGUCACGAAGGACCCCGCCGUCCUACCUCAAGCUUCCGAGGAGUUGAUUCUUGAGUCGAAAACGAACAUCAAUCUGUACCCGGACUCGCCGGGUGGAUCGAACUCUCAGGGAGCUUGCUCGAAUUCGUUAGGGUCUCGGAAAAGCUCUGUGUGUUCAAUCAGUUCAAUCAACAGCAGCAGUAGUGGCUCCCCAGGUCAUCAAUUCCAAAGAUCCCUAUCACAGUACUCUCCGGCGAUACGUUUGAAACCAGGUGAAUCUAGUGAUAGCGGAUUUUGUUCUUCGCCAGCCUUAACUUCACAGGCAUCUACACUCGCUAGUCAAUCACACGCAGUAUCUACGUGGCCACCGCAUACGCAAGAUGGUACCAGCGCUGCCGAUCGUCCCCACACAAUAUCGUCAGCGUACGAGAAAGGUCAUCAGCGUCCGGCACUAACAGUCUACACCUUCCAGAAUCCCGAAACGAUAUCGGAAAACCAAAAAUCUCCUGCCAACAUAUCGUGCCGGCCACCACUUCCAGUCCGAUGCUCAUCACUCGAGAGGCCUCUUUCGACAACUUCCAUCAAAAAUUCCAAUCCGAACGUUCCACGACAGUGUCCCUCACCGAUUCCUGCCCACAUUACCAAAGAACACCCACAAUUACAACCCACCUACGUCAAUAUGACGGAACUGGCAUCGAUGGCUGCCUCAAAGAAUACUAACAAUAAUAACCAAAACGCAACUAAUCAGCCACAGUCGUCGGCGGCACAAACUCCAGUGCAGCAGCCCCAGCUGAUGGGAUACCAACAGCUACAGCAGCAGCCAAAUUCGCCGGUGCUGUCGUCGGCGUCUUCGCUCAUAUCGCCAGAUUCGAGUGCUACCAACGCAAUCAGCUCACCGGAUGUGUCCGCCUGCAGCACUCAAACACCUCAAAACACUCCUCAGACUGGUUCACCACAGACGCCCAUCUACAGCAGUAGUUCGGUGAUUGUUCCUACAAUCAGUGCAAACAACAUAAGUGCUGAUGAAAACGGUGGUGGUGGUGGUAUGAGCACGGCUAACGGUGACGGAAGUGGGCCCCUUUUGGUCGUCGUCGAUGGAACUGCGAACCCGGAAUCUCUAGUCGCUGGUGGAAACGAAAAUAAAGAUAUCCUUAAAUGUACCGGUUCAGUUUUAGAGAAAACGUCGAUGUUCGAGCAGCAGAUUAACAACAACCAGAAUGCAGCACCCACACGAAGUGAACCCAUCUACGGUCGAAAAGGUGAAGACAUUUACAAAACUACGGGUCUCCUAUCGGAACGCGACGCAGAUCGGAUCGACAAAGAGACCAUAGAGGAGCUAAAUAAUCUAAUCGGUGAACUGGACCUUUUCCAAAAAGAGCACGAACUUCGAUUGGGAGAACAGUACCAUCAGCCGUCCAGCGGUCACACGCUGGAGAAUGGUCUGCUGUAUUCGAGCAAUACCAUCAAUGGCAACUUAUCGUCAACCAACAGCGAUUCCGCGGGCAGUGAUCGCAACGACAAAAUAUCAAUUUCCAGUUCGAUGAACAUCGAAGGGAUAAAUUUGUCACUGAAUAGUACUGCUUUAGGCAGUGAUAGUGACAUGUGUAAGCUCAUCUCAGAUCAGCAAGGAUGCGACGCAGUAGAUUAUUCCAACACAGGCUUCGAAAAUCCGUCCUUCAUGCAUCUGAACGAUUCGGAGAUAGUCGUGAUGCGACAGAAUGAAUUUGGUAGGGUUGACCCCGAAAACUAUUACAGUCAAAAUAUGAGCGAAGUAGUUGUCCUGCGAUGUAAAGAUAUUGUCAAGCCAGAUGCAAAUCGAAUGGAAGAGACCGCGAGUGUCGACAGCCAACAGCGAUUGAGCUCAUUCAAGUUGAACUCCAGAUCGGCGUCACCAGCACUUUCCUCGUUUGCAGUGUCACGAUCUCCAACGCCGUCAUUCUCGGUGCCGCAUUCAAAUGCAACAACUCCCACGAUGGCGUCACCGCAGCAUAACAUUGCUAUCAGCAUCUACAACAAUAAUAACCACAACAGCAACCAUGUGAUAAGCCUACAGCAACAGCAGCACUUCACCAACGGACCUAACCGCGUUGCCAGACGAGCUUCCGUAAAUACGGUGAAACCACCGCCACCAGUGCGACGAAGUUCCAGCGUGACACCCAGCCCCAAUCUUGGAGCGGCUACCCCAAAUUUGGCUCAGCAAAGUAUUGCAUACACAUCAUCGGAAAGUCUUCCACCCCCUCCUGCCUAUCUUCUAGAUAGCACAACUGGAAACUCACUCAUUCCAGGUAAUGUAGCGGGUACGGUAAAAGCACUGAAUGAAAUCCGGCACAAGCCGGCUAGUCCUGGUGUUCUGAGGCGCGCUCAACAAAACCUUCCGAGCCAACCACCUCCCGCUUCGUACUGCGCUAAUACACACAACAGCACGCCAAAACACGACCACCUUCCAUGCACAUCUUCUUCUAUGCCUUAUACUACAACACAAUCACCGCCAAAUUAUUUACCUCCCAUGAGUGAUAAUCCCAAUACGUCAUCCUCGCGAAACACCAAAUCAUCGCCACAUCAGCAAGGCAUCUACGCACAACCAAAACAACUUACCAGUAUGUCGAGCUUCCGUACAGCAAGUCCAGGUCCGCAAAAACAAAGCACAGGAUUUCUGGCACAAUUGAACGCUAGAAUAGCUCCUAACAAGCCUCAAGCACCAGCGUCUCCGCAACAUUACCAGCAACAGCAGUCCUUCACUUACACGACCGCUCCUUCGAACGAAUCCGCCUACCACAGAAGCAGUCCAGCCGAUCAGCGAACAGCCUACAGUAGUAGUCAUCAUCAGCAGCAACAACAGCAGCAUCCAACAUCACAUGGGAUCUACUCAUCAGCAUCCCAGCAGCCACCUUCCCAUCAGCAGCAACAGUCACAUUAUUACCAGCAACAACAGUCGCAUUCGCCUCCAGUCAGCCAAAGAGACGGUAAAAAUCAAGUUUAUUCCUCCUCCGCACAUUCUCAGAUCCCGCAGGCACAUCACUAUCAACAUCAGCAACAACAACAGCAGCAGCAGCAAACAACGGCCUCGCAAUACUACUAUCAAUCCCAGCCGCAGCAAAGCUAUGCCACCCAGAACAUUUACGUGUCUACUAAUCCCUUCGCGACCGCCAGUCCCGUGCACCAUGGUGGUGGCGUAUCCAGCUAUUCACCUUCGUCCUUUGGGAAGGCUCCUGCUAGGGAUAGUAGUAGCAGCAUCAGCACCCACAGUGCAAACGGAAGUGGUGGUGUUGGCAUUAACAAUACACACGAUCAUUCCGGUCAUGGUGCUUCCUACAACCGUUCAAAUCGUAGCAAUAGUGCCAGUAAUGCAAAUUCCAAUAAUGUCCUCGCCAAAACGAGUGCCGGUUUUUUGGAGAACCUCAACGCCAGGCUAGCGGAGCAAAGGCUGUCCGGAAAGGCAUUUGCAGUGCGGAAUCUCAUCAAUAGUAAAGCACUGCCCGACCCUCGGAUAUGUCACGAAUCUCUGAUGGAUCAAAUCAAGCGUGGCGCGACGCUGAAACGCAACCGAACGAUAAACGACCGAAGUGCGCCGAAAAUCCACUAAAAAUCGACGACUAACAUCCGCAAACGAAUCACAUCACAUAAGCCAAACAUUUUCACAAAUAGGUAUAAGCAGCAUUCUGGGCGUUGGUAAGUCCAUAUCAAAGGCCAAGAGGUACACACGUUUUGCAGAUUGCAGUAUUAUUGCAAUCUGUUCGAGUUAACAGCUUAACCAUUAUCCUGAUAAAAACAAAUAUAAUAACACUUGUAAUUUCGUCCAGUGUAGCAAGAGAAAAGAUUGGAGUAAGCCUGAGAUUUAUUUUUUGUUUCAGAAAAGUUACAUGAUUUGUUGAUUUAUUAUUUAUCGCUAGUCGAAGAAGAGAAGGAACAUCACUAAUGAAGUAUGUAUGAGUGGACAGGGUGGGAAAUCUUUAAAGAACUGAUUGUAAUCAAAAUAUGUUUUAUUUAAAUUCAACAAACUAGUAAUGUGAAUAAAUGGAAGUUGAUUAUACAUAUUUCAAAUGUUAUCUAAUAACUAACGUGUAUUUAGAAUCGGUUCAGAAUUUGCUGUAUUAGUUAGAAUGCUGAAUAUCACAACAAGCAAUGUUUCACUUAGAUAUUGCUGCGACUGUAUCUAAAUAAACUUCAAUUGAAGGAAGCUUUCAUUCAAGUAACGUGCAAAGUAACGUGCACAGAAUGCACGCUUUCGUUUUUAUUCUCUCAUCGUGUCUUCGAGUGAGCACAACUUUUACAGUAACCUUAUACAUAUACUCAUGAAAUUUAUACCAAAGGAACGACUUUUCAUUUACAUCUCAAAACUUUUAACAAAUAUCAAGUUUUAAUCUGCAUAUACAGAACUGAAUACUGCGUAGGACAAAGCGAAAAGUAUACAAUAGAAACAAAAUAUCAUUUUCUCGCGAAAAAUAACAAAAAAAUCUUGAAGCACUGACAUUGAAGUCUCCUUUAGGAGCAAUUCGAAAUUCCUUGACUAAGAAAGCAACAGUUAAUAUCAAUUAUCGAGCAACAACCAGAGCUACUGAAUAAAAAAGAACUUGUGCAUUAUUGGGAUGUGACCAGAUCCAUGCAUGCAUCCAUGAUCCACAGUUUGAAAUGUUCUUGGACGUCUUGGGAGAUGUAUCGGUAUGUAUGACGAACAUUCAAGGACUAUACUUGCAGUUCCAUUUACAGUUUUAAAGUCGCCUCUGAAAAUCAUGAAAAUUUUCAAAGAAGUAUCUCAGUCAAUUUAAUUUCAAACUUUUACUGCUUGUAAAUACAAAAAGUUACGAUCAUAACGGUAUACUGACUGGAAUGAUGGAGACUAUCCAAUUUCGCAUAUCUUUGGACUGAACUAUGUAAACUUCGAAUUUUGGAGAUUGUUCUUUUUACUAAUUCUUUCAAUCCUAGAGGAUAUACUGUGAAAAUUGACACUUUCAUCUUCUAUCAUGCAAACUUAGACCAGUCUGUUCUGGAUAAUGGUUUCCGGCAGAGGACCGACACCAAGUUGUUCAACAAAAUACUGUUUCUACCUUUCGACCACAAUUAUCCAUUGACAUCUAUGCACUCUCUAUUCAACUGUUGGCGACCUUCCCGAGAUGUGUUGAGGCCUCACCUCGUGUUUCUUAAGAGCUAAACUCAUUUCAAUAAUUAAUAAAAAUGUUAUCACAGGCUAAAUAUCUAAAUUAAAUAAAAAGUGAAAAAAAUACUUUAAUAUUUUGUUUUUUCAAUAAAUUUUCUAGUAUGAACUAAAAUUGUCUGAGAUAUAAAUAUGAAAGCUUCAUUGUUUUUCGAAGUUUUUCACGAAAACCAUCUUACAGAUGCACUGCUCUGCAUAUUAUUAAGCAUCCCAUAACUGCAGGUAUGUCAAGAGGUAUGUAUAGUUCGCGGAAAGCUAACAAACAUUGGACAUCGACUAGCAAGCAAACCAGGAGAAAAAGGCAAAUUAGGUACCAGAUAGUGUCGUCCAUCGCAGAAUUUUAGUGGAUAACAAACACAUUAGGGUGGAUCAUUUGAAGCUCAAUCCCAGAAGAAUAACAAUUCCUGACUUUUAGUAUUGAGGCAUAGAAGAAGGAAUAGAAAGGCUGAUUUUAGCAACACCCUAGGAUUCAAAUAAAACGGUAUCGCAAUUAAAAUGCAUCUUCAUUUCCA